ACAACGCUGCAGUAUCAGCUACUUAACCUAACGAUCUGGAACACACCCCUUUACGAAAGUAGCACAGGGAACGAACUGUUGAAAACGCUGCGUUUGUUUCCAAACGUGCCUGCAUCAGCCGAGACACAACAUCUGACCUAUGUCGUCGCCAGAGAUCGCUUCCCUGUCCUGGGGACACAUGAAGGUGAAGGGCUGCUCGUCUUCCUAUAAGGACUGUAAGGUGUGGCCCGGGGGUAGCCGCGCAUGGGACUGGAGAGAGACUGGGACGGAUCAUCACCCUGGAGUGCAGCCUGCAGAUCUAGAGGAGGUGCUUCAGAAGGGAGUGGCGACUUUGGUCAUCGGGCGGGGCAUGAGUGAGGCGCUGCAGGUCCCGUCCUCAACUGUGGACUUCGUGAUACAGAGAGGAGUGGAGCUGAUAGUUCUGCAGACAGAGAAGGCCAUCACAGAAUACAACAACCUGGUUGGCCAGGGAGCCAAGGUGGGUGGCAUCUUCCACUCUACCUGCUGAUGACAUCAUACCACAGGUGGCCAGUAGGAGAAGUCUGAAAGCCUGGUGCAAUUCAACAGGGUCAUAUUCAUUACAGCACACUGUAGCAAAACGUUUUGCAAUGGACAAGUCUAUGUAGUCCCUCCCUGUUUUAUUCUGUUUGGUGCCUGUUUGGUGCCUGAUGAACACAACACCGUAAUGAAGAGCUGAAAUGACUUGCUGUGAAUAAAGGCUUGUUUUUGUCA